AUGAUUCCUCCAAAAAAGAAAGGCCAAAGUGGUACUUCUGGUUCUAGCAAUAGCAAAAAUCAGCAUGAUUCACCCGGCCACAAGCACAGCGUUACCAGCACUCCUCUUGACUUACCAAAAGCUCCUGAUGCUCUUCAUCGUUCCCUACCUCCCCUUCCUGAUUCACUACUUGGUAACAAUCCCUAUUCUUCUCCUUUAAUGGAAAAGGAACAGGAAACCAUUACAAUGAACCCCGGAAAACAAUCAGGGCCUUACCUCUUCUUGCCCCCCUCCCCUGCUCGAUUCAGAUCCCCUGUUUCGGACGCUUCCGCACUUGCCGAGAGCCAAGCCGAAGGCACUCGCCCUACCCAAUCACCUUCCACUUCCAGUGCUGCAACACCUCGUAGCAGUAACACUGGAGUAUACAGCAGACCUGCGGCACCCUCUGGCAUGCCUUACCGCUCGCCCUCUGCCGCACUUGUCCUCACUCCACGACACUUUUUAAGUGGACCCCCUCCUACUCCUUCCUCUGGUUUCAGACAAGCCACUCCUCAAUACACACCUCGUACCUCUGCAGUCAUCAAUGAAAUUGACGACGAGAUGAAUCCCGAGUUGGAUAUUGAAGAGUUCGAUAACGAUUAUGGUGACUAUCCUCCUACAGCAUCUUAUACCAAGUACUUCUACAUCAAUCCUCAGACUAUACAUCUUCGCGAUACUAUCAACAGAAAACAUCAGCAAAAUGUUAUUCGACGAAAUACAGCAAUCGAUGGUGAAAACGCCUUUAAGGCCUUCCCUUUGAGAAAGUCUCUUGUCGUUGCCCUAACCAAUCAAAUCGCUUCUAGCCCUGGCACCACCAGGCUAGCCGAUACCUUAUUGGCUAGUGCACAAACCAAGAAGACCAGAAUCAUCUCCUCGAUCUCGACCUCCGACCUCCCUCGCGCAAAAGUACCCUCAAACAGGAGAACCUUUGACAAAUCCCUGGGCUUUGACCUUACCCGAAUAUUAAGAGAUCUCCAAGAACCCUAUUCGAGUCUUCCAAUACCCACAAUUCGAAGAAAACGUCCGAUUUCGCCAAAUUCACGAUUCCCACCUAUAAUGAAAUCAUUAGAUAUCCACGAAAUCUCAGCUCACGCCUUCGAAAUUGCCUGUACUAGAUCCCCAGAGAAUGAACUGUUCACCUGCACUUUUCAGGAAAUAGAUUCAUUGCUUAAUCAAAGACUCUUGGAGCAAAACAGAGAAGUUGAGAUAUCCACCAUUGAAAAGGUUUUUGCAAAAACUAACCAGAAUCUUAACGAAUCUGUCUUAAAGCUAUUAACUACAUUUACUUUAGGAGAGCCUUUUGCUUCUGAUAAGUAUGCCUUCUUCUAUAAUAUCUUCAGCAAACAGGAAUCGAACAUUUUGCCUCUUCAUUGUAUUUACAAUUAUGUUAUUACUUUCGAGAACUCAACCGAGAUUAGUUUAGGCUAUUCACCUUUCUAUAAAAUGUCUAUCGAUAAGCUUGAGGCAGUUAAGAUCUAUCUGACUGACAAUCUGGCAAAAGGAUUCAUUGAAUCUAGUCAAGCACCAUUCGCUGUCCUUAUUCUGUUUAUCAAAAAAGCAGAUGGUAAUUUACGAUUGUGUAUUGACUAUCGCAAAUUCAAUACCCUGAUAUGUAAGGAUCGCUAUCUUCUCCCCCUGAUUGACGAGACUCUCGCAUGUCUCCAAGGUGCUAAGAUUUAUAUGAAACUUGAUAUUCGUUAA